AUGUCACUAGCAGGCACACAAGAAAAAGAACCUAUUGACUGCCAUGGCACUUACCGUUUCAAAAUGAGUAGCCGCCGGAAGAGCCUGCUGCGCACGCGCACUGGGCGGACGGCGCAGGCCUUCUGCUGGCCCGAGUGGGGGCUGGCCGAACAGUACCCUGAGGUGGGCACGGGCAAGCGCUUCCUCAAUUCUGGUGGAUUCAUUGGCUUCGCCCCCACCAUCCACCACAUUGUGCGCCAGUGGAAGUACAAGGACGACAGUGAUGACCAGCUCUUCUAUACGAAGCUCUACCUGGACCCGGGCCUGAGGGAAAAACUCGGCCUUAACCUGGACCACAAAUCGCGGAUCUUCCAGAACCUCAAUGGAGCCUUAGACGAACUGGUUUUAAAAUUCGAACGGAACCGGGUCCGGAUUCGCAACGUGGCCUACGACACGCUCCCUGUUGUCAUCCAUGGCAAUGGCCCCACCAAGCUUCAGCUGAAUUACUUGGGAAACUACGUCCCCAAUGGCUGGACCCCAGAGGGAGGCUGUGGCUUCUGCGACCAGGACCGAAGGACACUGCCAGGGGGGCAGCCUCCUCCCCGGGUGCUUCUAGCCGUGUUUGUGGAACAGCCUACCCCGUUCCUGCCCCGCUUCCUGCAGCGGCUGCUGCUCCUGGACUAUCCCCCGGACCGGGUCACCUUGUUCCUGCACAACAGUGAAGUGUACCAUGAGCCUCACAUCUCAGACUUCUGGCCCCGGCUCCAGGAUCAUUUCGCAGCUGGGAAGCUGGUGGGGCCAGAGGAGGCCCUGACCCCGGGCGAGGCCAGAGACAUGGCCAUGGACAGUUGUCGGCGGGACCCCGACUGUGACUUCUACUUCAGCCUGGACGCUGACACCGUCAUCACCAACCAGCAGACCCUGCACAUCCUCAUUGAAGAGAACAGGAAGGUGAUAGCACCCAUGCUGUCCCGGCACGGGAAGCUGUGGUCCAACUUCUGGGGCGCGCUGAGCCCUGACGAGUACUACGCACGCUCCGAGGACUACGUGGAGCUGGUGCAGCGGAAGCGAGUGGGCGUGUGGAAUGUGCCCUACAUAUCCCAGGCCUACGUGAUCAGGGGGGAGACGCUGAGGACCGAGCUGGUCCAGAGGGAGGUGUUCUCUAGCGGUGAUAUGGACCCGGACAUGGCCUUCUGUAAGACCCUGCGGAGCAAGGGCAUCUUCCUCCACCUCAGCAAUCGGCAGGAAUUUGGCCGGCUCCUGUCCACAUCCCGGUACGACACGGACCACCUGCACCCUGACCUCUGGCAGAUCUUUGACAACCCCCAGGACUGGAAGGAGCAGUACAUUCACGAGAACUACAGCCGGGCGCUCGAAGGGGAAGGAAUGGUGGAGCAGCCCUGCCCAGACGUGUACUGGUUCCCGCUGCUGUCAGACCAAAUGUGCGACGAGCUGGUAGAGGAAAUGGAGCACUUUGGCCAGUGGUCAGGAGGCCGGCAUGAGGUGAGAGGCAUGGCAGCUACCUGGAGAAGAAGGAGGAUUUCCAGGAGGACGGAGAUGCUGAGGGAGGGAUAG